UCACCCCCGGAUAAUCAUGCUUACAUGUGUGUUUUUGGCCUGAAAAGUGGAUGAAUUCAAUGUAUCUAGUCCUCAGUUUGUUGGAAAUCUUCGGGAGAGUCCUCUUGGACAGGAAAAGGCACUAGAACAGAUUUUGGAAUAUGAACUACUACUUAUACAGCAACUUAAUUUCCACCUUAUUGUCCACAAUCCUUAUAGACCGUUUGAGUGCUUCCUCAUUGAUUUAAAGACUUGCUACCCCAUGUUGGAGAACCCAGAGAUGUUGAGGAAAACAACUGAUGACUUUCUUAAUAGAAUUGCACUGACGGAUGCUUACCUUUUAUACACUCCUUCCCAAAUUGCCCUGACUGCCAUUUUAUCUAGUGCCUCCCGGGCUGGAAUUAAUAUGGAAAGUUACUUAUCAGAGAGUCUGAUGCUGAGAGAGAACAGAACUUGCUUGUCCCAGUUACUGGAUAUAAUGAAAAGCAUGAGAAACUUAGUAAAAAAGUAUGAACCACCCAGACCUGAAGAAGUUGCUGUUCUGAAACAGAAGUUGGAACGAUACCACUCAGCUGAGCUUGCACUUAAUGUAAUUACAAAGAAGAGAAAAGGCUAUGAAGAUGACGACUAUGUCUCAAAGAAAGCCAAACAGGAGGGGGAAGAAUGGACUGAUGACGACUUCGUAGAUUCCCUCUAGCCCUUUAAAGUUGAUUUGUCACUGCUAACUAAUCAGCAGAAAUAGGAAGCAUAUCUGGAUUUUAACUGCAUUUAAAAAGUUCAUUGUGAAAAAUCAAAUCUUUUCUGUUAUUUAAAUUGUUUACCUUUUUUGGCAGCUUUGUGUAAA